CAUAAGCACAAUGGAUAUAAGGAGGAGAAUGAUUGCAAAGAGAACCAUAAACUGUAAUAGGACUGGGAUAUAUUUCUGUACUAUGCUGACUAUAAAACUUUAGAUAUUUAUGCAAUUGAAAAUAUACUUAGCAAGCAAGCAAACAAAUGGGCUGUUUUUCUCUUCUGGUCUGAAACUAUAAUCUGUUAGAAGAUUCACACAAAUCUGAUUGCAAUUCCAUAGAGGUGGGUUUUUUUCCUCUUCUUCACAGAAAAAGGAAUAUACAAAGGGAAAGAGGAAAGUAGAAAUAAAGCAUGACAGGAUCAAAGAAAAAAGAGGAACCUGCCAUAUGGAAGAAGAUCCAUGCCUUUCGCUAUGAAGACUUCAAACUCUGGUGUGUGAGCAGGCUGCCUCUUUUGGAGUGGGCACCACACUAUUGUUGGAAAAUGGACCUGCUCCCUGAUAUAGUUUCUGGGAUGAUGUUGGCAGUUCAACAGGUGACGCAAGGGCUGGCUUUUGCUAUUCUAUCAUCAGUGCAUCCAGUGUUUGGUUUAUAUGGAUCACUCUUUCCUGCUAUUAUUUAUGCCAUAUUUGGGAUGGGUCGUCAUGUUGCCCCAGGAACCUUUGCUCUGACCUCCUUGAUUUCUGCAAAUGCUGUUGAGCGUCUUGUUCCUCCCAUAAACACCAAUUUCACUUCAGACAAUACAUCUGAAGUAUUGGGCUUAUCUGAGUUUGAGAUGCGAAGGAUUGGAGUUGCUGCAGCAGUUUCACUGCUAGGAGGGCUGAUUCAAGUAGCAAUGUUUAUGCUACACUUGGGCAGUGCGACCUUCUUGCUAACAGAGCCAGUGAUAAGUGCAAUGACAACUGGGGCAGCUACACACGUUGUAACUUCUCAAGUGAAGUAUCUCCUGGGAAUGAAAAUGCCUUAUAUCUCAGGACCUCUGGGAUUCUUUUAUAUUUAUGCCUACAUUUUUGAAAACUUCAGAUCCAUUCAGCUGGAAACUGUACUAUUGUCUCUAUCUAGUAUUGCCAUACUAGUUCUUGUUAAAGAGUUAAAUGAAAAAUUUAAGAAGAAAAUUAAAAUAGUGCUUCCUAUUGAUUUGGUUCUGGUAAUUGCUACAUCUUUCAUCUGCUAUUCUGCUGACAUGGAGCAUAGUUUUGGCCUAGAAGUUGUGGGACAUAUUCCAAAAGGUAUACCAGCACCAAGUUCUCCACCUUUGAAUAUCCUCCCUGAAGUAGUGACAGAGGCUUUUGGAGUUGCAUUAGUUGGUUAUGUGGCAUCUCUAGCUCUGGCCCAUGACUCUGCUAAAAGAUUUAAUUACUCUGUGGAUGAUAACCAGGAGUUCUUGGCUCAUGGCCUCAGCAAUGUGAUCCCUUCAUUUUUCUUUUGCAUACCAAGUGCAGCAGCCAUGGGACGAACUGUACUUCUAUACAACACUGGAGCAAAAACACAGGUGGCUUGUCUGAUCUCUUGUAUCUUGGUGCUUGUGGUUAUCUAUACAAUAGGACCAAUGUUAUACUGGCUACCCAUGGGUGUGCUAGCAAGUAUCAUUGUGGUGGGGCUGAAGGGAAUGCUGAUGCAGUUCCGAGAUUUAAAAAAAUACUGGAGUGUGGAUAAAAUUGAAUGGACUAUAUGGGUCAGCACGUAUGUGUUUACAGUUUGCUUUGCUGCUAAUGUAGGGUUAUUGUAUGGUGUCGUCUGCACAAUACUUAUGGUGGUUUUCCGUUUUUCAAGAGCAACAACACUCAGCUUGAAGCACGUGAAUGAAACAGAAUGCAGAUUCAAAACAGAAGUAGACUUUGAAUCUUCACAACCAGUAAAAAUAGUGUCAGUCAAUAACCCAUUAGUCUUUCUGAAUGCUAAGAAGUUUUACGCCAAUAUAUUAGAAAUAAUCCAUAAGGAGUGGACAUGUCCACAGCAGCUGUCGGAAGAUAUGACCAAGCAUGAACAAAACAUACUACUCACUUCAUUAUCCAAUGGAAACUGCCAUGAAGGGAAUAUGGAUCCUGCAUUUGCUGAUCUAAGAAGUUCAUCCUUUCAGCAACAUCUCACUGAAAGGCACAAUCUAAUAUUUGAUUGCAGUGGCUUGACUUUCUUUGACUACACUGGUAUCUCUGUACUUAUUCAGAUCAGGUGCAGAAGCAGUUCCUCCUCAUCACUAACCAGUUGUAGCUGUGUGCUUUCUCCACCUGAAGCCUGAGGACUGUUCUGCUGCAGUUGCGCUUCAGCUAAAUGACUGUCAGCUGACUGCUUGGAGUCACUGAUCUACUCCCAUCUUGAUGUGCCUGGGACUGGUUCAUCCUCCUCUGAACUGAUAUCUGGAGAGGUAUCUGGAGACACAUCUGGGGGGAGGGUUAUCACAGAGGCUUGCUUUCUGCCUUUGCUUCAAGGAUUAUUCAGGAUAGUGUUUACAUGUUAAUGAUUCUUUACAGAAGUUUAUAUUUGGUUGUGCAGAACAUUAAGCGGGAAGCUGAUGAAAAUUGUUCUUGUGUAAAUGCAUAUACUGCUCAAUUGCAAAGACUCCCAACAACUUACAGCAAUCAAAUACAUAAAAACAUAAGAUCAAAUAAUCACUCAAUUCCAUCAGAGUUGCAGAUAGUCCUUAGCAUAUAACUAGUGGAGCCUGUCCAGUUACUGCCAGGUUUUAGCAAAGUAGUCAUAAACUGUGGUUACAUGACUCCUCCCCAUGAUGGCUGCUGAAUGGUAAGGGAAUUUUUCUGUCUAGCUGAUGAACUGCUGAUUUUUCUGCCAAAGCUGAUUUGGCCCAAGACAGCUUUUGGAUGAUCCAAGAUGGCUUCCAGAUGACAGUGAACCCAUCUGGGAGGAGGAAUCUUGAAGACUGCAGUUCCCUGUGGGAGUGGUCAAAAAAUCACCAUCAUCUAUCUUUCUUCUCAGCAAUUCAUUUUCUUAAGCAUGCCUGGAUUUUAGCUUCAGUUUUUUUAAGUUUCUGCUUUUCUUUGCUUUUUAUCUUUAAAAGCUAACUGGCUGGCAGAAUGCUGAUUUUUUUUAUAACCUUCUGAUAGACUCUAGUUCUCUGAAGAAGCUUCUUGAAUGAGAAGUGAAACAUUUUCAAGAAAAAAAACCCAAGAAAGUCCAAUUACCUUUUGGAAA